AAUGACCACGGUGGCGGCGAGGACGACGUCUACCACCUCGGGGACAUGUCGCAACGACACACGGGUUCUAGUUGGGUGACUGGCCCAGGUCUGUCACGCCGGGAUUUGGACUCCAAAUCUACGCCAGUGCGCAUCGUGCGGCUGUUUCUGGUGUGCGCACCUUGGUUACCUUGGAGCAGAACAAUACGGACUUACAGUUGUACUGUACAUGGAGCCGGUCUCAGCUCCUCAGCACCCUGCAGUAAUAUUAGUCGUUCUUUGCAGAGGAUGAAGAAUAUAUGCCUGCUCAGUCUGAAGCGUCGGUGCGACUUGGGAAAAGUGUAAACGCCAUCCUAGGAAUGAGACCACCAUUCAGAAUCAAGAAAAGGAAGAGAAGGAGGACUGAGGUGCAAGAUAAAUCCCAAAUGGGUUAAGUAAGGAUGGUUGUUAAUUGGCAUUUGUCAGAAAUAGGCAUAAAAUCUGUUGAUUUAAAGCUUAGGUGGCUUUUUCAAGUAUUUCUAACAUACUUUAAGGGAUUUUUUUGUCGGCCCAAUAGAGAACUUCAAGUAGCAGCCAUGUCGAGAUGGUUCAAGGAGUUCCCCAUCAACCUGAAGAACGGUACCAAAACGUCCGCCUUCAAGACGAGUCAAAGCAAAAACUCCUCUGUGGACGGCGGCGGACUAGUUGGCACCAUCCUCCUACCCGGACGGAACCGCAAGAAUUCGCCUAGGGAGCUUAGCAGGGGACAGAAAGAUGGCAAAGUGUGGGAGGGUCUCACCCUGGCCGGUAAAGGCCACAAGAAUUCCAGAACAGAACUGGCGGCGGUGUCGGAGGAGGUCAGGAACGGGAAGAGCACCCCAAGUUGCGCUUACAUCCGCAGAAUGAUCCGUGUGGACACGCUGGACAGGAGCCCCAACUUUGACCCCGGUACCGUCACCGGUCACCAAGCGGUGCCAGAUGCAGACAAACAAGACGAGCAGUGCAAAAUGGACUCGGUAACGAUCCUGGAGGACUACGCGGACCCCUUCGAUGCCCACCAGACGAGACAUCAACGGGAAUCGGAGCGAGCGGGCGACAAUGACGGCUACAUGGAGCCUUAUGAUGCCCAGCAGAUGAUCACUGAAAUCAGACGCCGGGGAUCCAAAGACCUCCUGCGAGUGCAAAUGGAAGGCGGUGAGCUCCUAAUGGAGGGGGGUCAGCCUGAGGGAGGUGGAGAAGGCGAAGCAGCUCACUUAGACAGCUCCGAGGGGCCACCCAAAAACGAUUCCCCCCGGAAGCAGACGCAGCAUCAUCAGCACAAGAGGCAGAAAAGCUGGACGCAGAAAAUCCUGAGGCCCUCAACGCAGACCCCGUCGUCCUGCUCGAGUACCGGAAGCACCCCAGAAACUCUCACCUGCUCUGUCGACCCCACACGACCCCUGGAGAAACAGAGCUGGUACCAUGGUUGUGUGACCCGUCAGGAAGCCGAGCUUCACCUGCUGACCUGCAAAGAGGCCAGCUUCCUAGUCCGAAACAGCGAAACGGACAGCACCAAAUACUCCAUCGCCCUCAAAACAAGUCAAGGCUGCGUCCACAUCAUGGUGGCGCAGACCAAAGAGAACGGCUUCACUCUGGAGCAGAACAGCUGCGUGUUCCCCAGCAUCCCGGAGGUGGUGCACCACUACCGCACCUGCCAGCUGCCUUUCGACGGUGCCGAGCACAUGACCCUGAUGCACCCCGUGCCUCGCAGCCUUUAGCCCACCCGCCAACGUCACCCACAUCCCACCCACUCAGGUCUACGACAUCACCUCGGGGCCUUUACGGACCUAAAGCUCCCAUCCAAAAUGUGUGUAUUUAAUUAAAAUUAAAUAAUAAAAUGACAUUUUCAUUCCAAAAA